AGCUUCUCUCUGAAUGUCGUCUGUCAUGGAGGGGAUCACAGGAAGUAUUCUACUCUUGUGCCUCAUCAGCUUAACAUAUGCUAAUACCAGUCCUAGAAUCGAAUAUUCCUUUUACAAUGUGUGUGAAGACAUCCCCAUAGGUGGCUAUGCGUUUACUAUAAAAGCAUCAGACACAGAAAAUAAUAAUCUGACUUAUUCACUCUCCGGGCCAAAUGCUGAAUACUUCAAUGUGGGCAAACACACUGGGAUCGUAACAAUCAAACGGCCGCUAGACAGAGAGAUUACUGAAGUAAUGCCUCUUGAUGUUCUUGUCUCUGAUGGUUCCAACAGUGAUGGUGGGGGCCAGUGUCAUUAUAAUGAAACAAACUAUUUCUCCAGUGUUGUAUAUUCCUUCAUUGCGGUUGAGGACGUUGCAGAUCUCGACCCACAAUUCCUCGGUGUUCCCUACAUAGGGAGAGUUGAGGAGAACUCACCGGUGGACACGUCUGUGUUUAAAGUGACUGCCAUGGACCAAGACAUAGGAAUCAAUGAUGUUAUCCACUACAGCAUUAUAAAUUCCACAGAAGCUGGCCUGUUUAAAAUCUCAAGAGACAAUGGCGUCAUAUCUGUGAAUUUACCAAUUGACAGAGAACAUGUUGGUGAUACUGUUAGCCUGACUGUAAAGGCCACCGAGUCUAAACCAAACAUCCAUGGGUCACAAGCCAGCGCCACAGCAAAUGUACUGAUCAACAUCAUUGAUCUCAAUGACAACAAGCCUAUGUUUUACAAGUGUGGAGACUCAGGAGACGCAGCCUCCUGUGUGACAGCGAGCCACUUCACAGGAGAGGUCUUUGAGCACUCGCUGGGAUCUGUAUCGAUCAACAUGACGGUCAAAGACCUCGAUAAGAUUUCCCGCAUAAAACUAAUCCUGGAGGGAACUGACAAGGACGUGUUUUCUGUGGAACCUCAAUAUACGUCAGCAGAUAGUAUCAUACAGCUCCUGGUCAAGCAGCCCAAACUGCUGGACUUUGAAGAUAAACAGCAAAUGGUUCUGCAGGUGGUUGCCAUAGAUGAGGAUGAACCCAGCUACCGCUCCACUGCUACAGUUACUAUUAACAUCAAGGACACCAAUGACAACAGCCCCAUAUUCCCACACGACACAUAUAAGCUGAAUGUGUCUGAGCACUCUCCUGUUGGGACGAUAGUGGCCACAAUCACUGCAGAGGAUCCUGACACAAUGGAUCAAGGCAACAUCACCUACAGACUUCUUCCAGAGAGCAUACGACUGUAUUUUGACGUGGAGCCAAAAACGGGCACAAUAUAUGUGAAAAACACGACUCUGUUGGAUCGCGAGGUCAGAUCUCUGUAUUCAGCGACUCUGGAGGCCAGAGACAUAGAUGAAAAGCCUGGCACCACAGUGCUGGAGAUCACUGUGACCGAUAUCAAUGACCAGAAUCCCGUCUUCAACCGAGACUCCUACCUGGUGUUUGUGGAGGAGGGUGGACAGCUUGAAAUUAAGAUUGAGGCAACUGAUGGAGAUGAUGCUGAUACAGAAAACAGCCAAAUCGUGUAUGGAAUUAUGCAGAGCAAGUACAGUAACAACUUCACCAUCAACCCAAUCACCGGCGUGUUAAAAAACAAGGGCAAACUGGAUCGAGAGGCACUGGACCCGAAGCUGAAUGGGAGGAUUGAACUCAACGUAACUGCUACUGACAAAGGAAGUCCUCCAUUGUCGUCUGUGGUCACAGUUAUUAUCAAUGUAGAGGACAUCAAUGAUAAUGUUCCACAAUUCAAUCCCUCCUCUUAUAACUUCUCUGUUAAAGAAGGAGAACGAGGUGCAUAUGUUGGCUUUGUCUAUGCUGAGGAUUUGGACCAAACCACAGACUUCAAUCGCAUUUCUUUCAGCAUAAUCGACGGAAGCUUUGGCAGCUUCAUCAUUCGCACCUUUGCAGACAAGAGGGGCUACAGGGGGAACAUCACCGUGGACCCGGACAUUGAAUUGGACUAUGAGAGUGCUCGUAAGCAAUUCAGACUGAGGGUAGAGGCAACAGAUCUUGAGCAGAAGAAAGCUGUAACGAUAGUGGAGGUGAACGUGCUGGACGUGAACGACGAGAGGCCUGAGUUCACGCCGACGGCGCCUGUGACGGUGAAGGAGAACACCACCGUCGGUGGGGUCAUUGGGAGUUUCACAGGCCAGGACAAAGACGGAAACCACUCACUGGUUUAUGAACUGGAAUCCAUGAAUUGCAGAUGCAACGGCUCUCUAAUACCCUGCAGCUGGUUUAUCCUCGAUCCAACGGGGGAAGUCAGACUCAACCUGUCGUACAGAGUGGACUAUGAACAGUGUGACCAGGUGGUGAUAGAGGCCCAGGUGUUGGACGAGUUCACUGAGAAGGGAGAAAACAACAGUGUUAAAACAGAAAAAAUGGUGAUCAACAUUGAGGACAUCAAUGACAACGCUCCAGAAUUCCUUCCCUCAGAGUCUGUAUUUGUUGUGGUGUCUGAAAGUGCAAGCAAAGGGACGUCAGUUGCAGGUGUCACUGCUACAGAUCUUGACUCUGGAGUUAACAGGCAGAUUGACUUUAAAGUAACAAAUGUCCAGUUCGAAGACACCACCAAUCACACAAGUAACAUGAGGAUGCUGUUUGAGGCCAUCACCACACAACAGAAGGAUAUUUAUGUUGGGAUUAUUCAAACUACUGAGGGACUAGACAUGUCACUGAAGGGGAAAUAUUUAGUAACGGUGACUGCAACUGAUACUGGUGGCCUCUCCAGCAGAACCGUACUGGAGAUUUUCACAGUUGACGAAUCGUAUAAAGUCGAACUUCAGUUUACAAGAACUGUAGAGGAAGUUGAACAGGAUCGUGAUAAAAUUAUCUGGUCGCUCACUGCUGCCACCAAGACUGCUGUUGAAGUUGUUGCAAUCAGGCCUGAAACUGGUGAAAUAUCCAGAGCUUCAACUAUCACUGUGAUGGUGGUUUAUUUCGUCUUCUCCAACGGGACUGCUCUCACCUCUACCGAAGUGGAGAGGAUGGUCUCUGUUCCUGAGUAUUAUCCUGUACUGGCGGACCUUGGUCUCAGAUACAUUACAAAUCUCCUCAGGAAGAUUGUUCCAAAGAGUGGAAGCCCUGACAGAAAAGGCCCAGUCACCUCUGGUCCUCAGGUGGGACGGUUGAAUGAAGAGCAGGGCCUUCACUGA